AUGUCGUACCUCCUCAAACGACUCAUGAACGCCAACAGCCUCGCAGUCCACAGCGUUUCAGACACCAUGCCCGACAUCACCACCGCCGAGCCUGCCCCGGCCGAGCGUACCUCGCCCGAGCCUUCCCCCACCGACCCCACCUCCCCCGAGCCCGACCGCAAGCCGUUCUGGGAGCACACGCCCUCCCCCGACCGCAAGCCUCUGCGCGACCCCUCCCCCAGCCCCGACCUCCCCGCGCGAAGCAACCCGCCCAGCCCGACCUCCCUCCCGUCCCCCGACGUGGCCUUCAACGCCCGCCUGCGGCGGAGUACAAGCGACGCGCUGCACCAGCUCUGGAUGGUCGAGAUGGGGAGCUACGCCGAGCGGCAGGCGGCGCAGCGCGCGGCCCGCGACGCCGCCGUCUCCGUGUGCGACGUGAUUGCCGAGCGCGUCGGCGCGGACGCGGCCAACAUCCUCCAGUGCCUGCUCGGGCGGUAUGGGGAGCUCGCGCAGGCCGUCGCUGAUAAGCCGUCGCCCGACAUGGCUGAGGGCCCGAUGUGGGCCUCGCCCGACGAGAGCGGCGUCGAGACGCCCGAGGACGAGGAGGUUGAGGUCCUUCGCUGUGACGACGACUUUGACGAGGCUGCCUACAAGGUCGAAUAUGACCCCGACUAUGGCGGCGUGUUUGACUUCAACCCCGAGCGCGUCUUCGACCGCGCCAACCCGCCAAAGCUGGACAAGGGAAAGGGCCGCGCCGUACCGUUCGAGCCAGUAAGCUCGCGCCCCUACCGACCCGCUGACAGUCAGUACGUCCCCACGUGGGAACCGACAGACCACUUGUCCGAGACGUUGACGCGCGACGAGAUUCUCGCGCUGACCGACCCUUCGAGCGAGGUGUCUGGCGCCGCGUGGGGCAGGCUCGCGGGGUCCCGUGUGACGCCGCCAUCUGAGUCGGCAGUCAGCGAGGCUGGCUCGGAGACGGCGGGCGUUGCAUACUCCGAGCCCGCGGUGUCCAUGACACCUAACCCCGACACCCGCGCCUUCCCGCCCCUCAGCAUCCCACAUCACCCCGCGUCCGAGCCCUCAACAGACGCGACUUCGCCGGGCGACGUCCGCACGCCGGAACGCCCGCUGUUCGUUCGCGCUGCCGGCGUCUCGCCAGAGGUUCGCCGCCGCCCACCCCCGCCACCCUUGCACUACCGGGGCGGAGAGCUGUUCGGUAUUGGCGAGGCAGAGGAAGGUGGCACCCCGCCCCCCGGGGUACCGUUUACCCCGGCCACCGCUGAGCCGGUCACGGCGCCCCCGCCACUCGCCAAGCGCAAGCGCCGCUCCGAGGUCGAGCGCCUCGAGCUCAUCGACAGCAUGGAGGGCGACAGCCCCGCCCCCAGGCCCCCGCGCGACGGCUCCUCGCUUGCCGCGAUGUCCACCAAGCGGGAGGAGGUUGACGAGGAUAACGAGGAUGAGGCCGGCGACGACACGCCAGUGGCGAAGCGCCGUCGCCCUUCGCGCGCCUCGGCGCCUCCCCCCAAGUCAAAGCCUCGCUCUCGCUCAUUCAAGUAA